AUGGCAGAGGCACUGGCUAGAGGUGUUUCAAGGGCUGGUAGAGGCGGUCACUGGACUGGAGGGCGAUGGCUGGAGAUGCGAGCGAUGUGGAGGAGUGCAGACGGUCGUCGCUACUCACUAACUCACUUUGUGUUAGAUAGAUUUCUAACUAAAGUAAUGACAUCAACCACAACAACCCCGUCUACUGGAUCAACUGCAGCUCAAGAGAAUGUUAAACGCAAAUCAAAUGAUCCUGGAUGGGAAUAUGCAGUGUGUGUGAAUCCUAAGAAAUUGGAGCGAGUGAAAUGCAUUUUAUGUAAUAAAAGAUGGCGGGGGGAUCAAUAG